UUUAGAGUCUAGAUUCUAAUUCAAUAAUAACUGAGACUUGAGACGAGACUCAGUUGUAACUUGUGUUGAGACGAGUAGUGUCGUCAGUGUGUAAGUGUAAGACUUGACAUACUAUCAUACUAUACUAGUCUAUUGUCACUAUGACUCACUAUGAGUAUCAUUAUGAUUACUAUGAUACAGUUUUUGAGUAUAAUAAUUAAUAUUACAUCUAGUAAUCUAGAUCUUCUAGAAAUCUAGCGAAGAUCUAUUUUAGAUCUAGUCUACACUUCGUAGAGUACUAAGAGUCAGUAAGAGUUACAAGUUACGGCAGUUACAGUUGGUAAUACAGACACAUCACAAUCACAGUUCACGCCUCUACACACACUGAGACACAGUAUCAUCAUCAUCUGAGACUGCUGAGAGUAUGAGUCCAUGAAAUGGCAUCAAGUGUGGGAAAUAGCACGCCCAGUACCAAAAAGAGAAAACUGUGGGAGGAGUCCCCCAAUACCUUCACAGAGUUUGGAGCUCUGAGUUCUGAUGUGAAAUCUGGAGGUUUUUUCUCACGAUUCUGGAAGAAAAAAGAUACUGAUGACCAAGUCCAGUCAAACCCUCCAGCAUCGUUAAGUGAAGAUGAUUCAGUCAGCAUCUCCAGUCAGGUGUCAGAUAAAGGUCAAGGUGUUUCAGUUGUUGAUGGCAAGGUUGAGAAAAGCUCACCUGUGGCAAGAUUGCCGAGGGGCAACAGUAAAGCCAACAUGAUUGCUGAUGGAGACACUGUCAGUAUAGUCUCGGCUCCUGCCAAGCUGGAUCAGUCAGAUGAAGUGCUGGAGAGUCAGGUGGUGGAGAAUCACAUCCAGCAUCGCACCUUGUCUAGUGUCUUGAGUCGCCUAGGCAGUAUUAUUGAUCAAAGGAGCACUACUCCCCAGACCUACAAAGACAGUGACUUCAAGCAAUACUGGAUGCCUGACAGUAGCUGCCGAGAGUGCUAUGACUGUGGGGACAAGUUCACAAUGUUCCUGCGCCGCCACCACUGCCGAAUCUGUGGCCUGAUAUUCUGCAGCAAGUGUUGUAACCAGGAGUUGCCAGGGAAAAUUAUUGGCUAUAAAGGGGGGAUUAGAGUCUGCACUUACUGCUGUCGUGUUGUUCAAACUUACGCUCAGCAGUCUGCCUCUACAGGAGAUUUCCGUGCCCUUGACCUAAGGGCCAUAUCCCGGUUGUACAGCGAGUCACAGAACUAUGACUUUGGCAACAGAUCUCUUUCACCUAGGGUCACUUCCUGCAUGGAUGAUCUGGCAACACCUUUAAGGGGGGAGUCACUUCCAGAUCUUCCAGGCCUUGCAGCACCGGACUUGACCACACCCUUUGAUUUGACCCCACAGUCUGAGUUUUCUAGUCAGGAAAGCCUUUUGUUAGAGAGUAAGCUACUGAUACAGGAUUCUGUGCAGCUGCGAGAGCUGUGGAGACAAAUCUGCGAUGCCGAAGCAGGUGUGGAGAUGCAAACGCUGAGGAUACGUCUCCGGACUCACCAGAACUGCAUUGUGGGCAAGGAGCUUGUGGACUGGUUGAUUAAAUAUGACAAAGCCGCCACAAGGGACCAGGCAAUAGCCAUUGGACAAGCUUUACUCUAUGCAGGUUAUCUUGACCUUGUUGGCAAUCAGCAGCAUAUGUUUAGAGAUGAUUUUACUUUGUACAGACAUGGAGAGGCAGCUUCUACAUUUGAGAUGAAGCGAGAGCCAGAAGCUAUGCCAACCAUUACUGAAGAGCUAGAGAAGAAUGAACCUCUCUGGUUCCAGGAGAUCAGCAAGUCCAAUGGAGCAGAAGAAGUGUCAAUCCUUCCUGAAGAUUUCAGUUUAAAUGUAGAUACAGACGGACACAAGAGUACCUCAUCAGAAUCUGACUCUAGGACAAUAUUUUAUAUCAAUGAAAGUUCUCACAGUGGCAGCUUUUCAGAGAUACCAAAAUUUUCAGCAAUGAAGGACAUUGCUGAGGAACCACUUCCAAUAGUCGACACUUCAGUGCCUGGACCUUUAGAAGACUUUUUAAAAGGAGACCUCAAAACUUCUAUGGUCAGUACAGACUUAACAUGUCCACAUGGAUGGCGGUCAGUUGAUCAGCUGCGGGAAGAAAACGGAGAAAGACUUGCUUAUGAGAGACUAAAAAAAGCUCACACUGAAUUGUGGCAUGUACUCACCAGGCAGCUGUUAAGUCAACAUGGACUCCUGUUGGGCUGGGAGCCAGUCAUUUCCACAUCUAUCACACAGGUCAGUCAUUUUGUCAGGCCUGAUGUCCGGCAUGAAAUGGACAACAUGGAUAUUAGAAAUUAUGUCCACAUUAAAAAGGUGCCUGGAGGAAAUAAGAACGACACCACCAUGUUUCACGGAGUCAUAUUUACCAAGAAUGUGGCUCAUAAAAAAAUGAGGACUAAAAUUGUCAACCCUCUUAUCUUGCUGCUACAAGGCACCAUUGAGUUUCAGAGAGUGGAGAACAAGUUUUCUUCCCUGGAACCACAGAUCUUACAAGAGAGAGAGUUCAUGAGAAACAGCGUGAUGAAGAUGAUUGCCUACAGGCCCAACGUGGUGGUGGUGGAGAAGUCAGUCUCACGUCUGGCCCAGGAGCACCUGCUUGAAGCUGGCAUCACCUUGUUGUACAAUGUGAAACCUAGCGUGAUGGAAAGACUUGCUAGGUUUACCCAGGCAGACAUUGUGCCCUCAAUUGAUGGACUGGUCAAAAAGCCCAAAAUGGGCUUUUGUCAUGACUUUAGGGUCCAAACCUACAACCUUCCCAACAAGGAGACAAAGACACUGGCAAUAUUUGAUGGAUGUGCCACACAUCUGGGAUGUACUAUUGUAUUGAGAGGAGGGGUGCUGGGAGAACUCAGGAGGGUGAAACACAUCUUAAAGUUCAUGACCUACACUGCCUACAACUCUCUUCUGGAACUGUGUUUCUGCAUGGAUGAGUUUGCCCUCCCACAACCUGGUGCUGAUGAAAUUGGUCAGCCUUUUGAAGGUUUGGAGAACUCUAUGGAAAAAGCCAUCAGUGACUCUUGCCGUGGAACAGAAGAGUCUGUAGAUGGCAGCAAAUCACAGGACGACCAAGAUGAAAUAGAAGAUCCUCACAACAUGUGGAUGGAUGAAUCUGACUCUGAGCUCGAGGAGCAGAUGACAAGUUCUGGGGUAAACAAUGUCAAGGAUUCCAGCGGCAACAACACAGAGACCUCAUCCAUUGAUGACAAAUACAGGGAGGAGUGUUACCCUCACUCUGAAAACAAAGAUAUAUUUAGCAAUGAGUCGCUAAAGCGUGAAAGUGUCCAUCAGGGAAUUUCACAGGGUGGCAGUGAAGGGUUACAUGAAGCUCAAAGUCUGCCAGUUCAACUCAUCAAUGGGGAGAGGGAAAGAGAAGCUGGGUCUGAUUCUGGUAAGAGAGACAUUAAAGCAAUAGCAGAGCUCUGCUUAGAUGUUACAGAUGCGGAGCUCAACCUUCCGGAUGAAGAUUACUUUGGUAAAGACGGGGAACCCCAUGUUUUAAAAUCUGGUCAUGUGAGAGAGAACACUUUCACAGCACACAUGCUUUCUAGUCAAGAAAAAGUCAGACAUUGUAGUGGUGUCUCGACUGCCUCUGUGGGACAUUUGUCUGAUACUAUGUCAGGCCGUAGCACCCCUGACUAUUUGAACUUUAAUGAUGGAUUGUGGGAUGGCUCCCCAAAAGUUGUGGCUAAUAUCUUAUGCAUCAUUCCCAAAUCUUCCAUUCCUACUCGUCUGGGGAUAAAUGAGACGUCCCUCAACCACGAGCCAUCCAACUCAAAACAUGUUGAUACAGAAGAUCAGAAACAGAAAGGUUCCAUCGAUGUUUCUGAUAACAAUCAUUGCAACCUAUCAUCAGUUAGCUCAUCAUCAGAUAUACAGUCCAGCGAUGUCUCACAGGUAGAUCAUCGGACAACUAGAGAACAGGAAACCAAUAUGGAGACUGAGAACUCUACGCCUAUAAACAAAGUGGCUGAUGUUAUUCAAGGCUUGCCUACACGUUCCACCACAUCCCAGUUGACAGAGCUGACAGACUUUAGUGACCCCCUGCUGGGCUACCAAAACACCCAAGAUGAAUCCAUUUUCCAGGCACCAAGUGCUCAUAAGAUUUCCUUGAAAGAGAUCAAGCAGACCAGGUACAAGAGGUUUCGCAAGGCUCUGGACGGUGUCCAUCUGUCCAUCUCUCCUUACCACAAAUACAAUGUGCCUUUCAUUGAGACAGACAAAGGGUCAAGGUGCUCUGUUAGAAAGUACCUGCCGGAAGAUAUUUUCUGGUCAAGCCUCUUUGACGGAGAAGCCGGACAGAGUUUGUCUAGAUCAUCCAAGUUUAUUGAUUCAGACCCAUCUGCUAGAUACCCUGCAAAGAACAACAUUGAAAUUGUGGAGCACCAUGCCUUGAUAACGUGUAAGCUGACGGAGCCAAUCAGAGAGAAUGAAACUCAGAAAUUAUUGGCUGACUUCCGUGCCAGAGGUGGACGUAUCCAUGUCCUGGAAGGACUGAGCAGCACUAAACAGAUUCAGACUGAAGGAGGGUUAAAAAAAAGCGAUGAUACAGGUCUAGAUUUCAAUGGCUUGUUGUGGGAAAAAAAGAUUGAUUGUUUAGACCCAGUGAACCACCAGAAGUUGAUGGUCCUGUUCAGCAGCUACUCUUACAAAUCAUCCAAUCAUCCUCAGCCGUGCGUGUAUCCAUGGAUAGUCACAAUGGAGUUUUAUGGUCGCAACGAUAUUACUCUUGGUGCCUUCUUAGAGAGAUUCUGUUUCCGCAAGCAAUAUGUCUGUCCAUCCGCUACUUGUGAAAGGCCAAUGACUGAUCACAUCCGAAGGUUUGUUCAUGGUAAUGCUUGCAUAAACCUGCUGCUGAAAAAACAUGAUAACGAGGAUCUGGGUGCCAAGGAGAACAUCCUGAUGUGGAGCUGGUGCAAGAAAUGUAAACAUAUGACCCCUGUGGUACCCAUUAGCAAUGACACAUGGAGCCUUUCCUUUGCCAAAUACCUUGACCUUCGCUUUCAUUCCACUUCCUUCUGGACAAGAGGAUCCUCUGAGGUCUGCACGCACUCAUUACAUCAUGACUAUCAUCAGUAUUUUGGUCACAGGAACAUCGUGGCCUCCUUCAGACACACGUACAUCUCACUGAAAGAACUCUCGCUGCCUCCAACUACUGUCACACUGCACCCUCCAACAUUUGAUGUUCUAGCUCUCGGUGAAACAGUCAAAGAAAUAACCUACAGGGCCACAGAGCGCUACAGUCUGAUGCUGGAGAGCAUGAUGAAAUUGAAGCAAGAGUUUAUUAGCGAGACACAGACUCGAGCCAUUGCUGAUAUCUUGGCAGAGCAACAGAUUGACAAAAAGAACUUUAGAGACUCUGCUACAAACAUUCAGAUGAAGAUACAAGAACUGAUACAUUCAGUCACUGUAGCAACAGCCAAUGGUUCUUAUGACUGUGACAUGACCUGCCAUCUCUAUUCCAUAUUUGACAAUAUUGUUCUGCUGAAAAGAAAAAUCUGUGAGGACAUCAUGAAGUGGAACUCAAGGGUGCAAGAAUUCAUGUCAAUCCAGCAAAAGAAAUCAAAGCCACCAGCAGCUAAAAAAGACAGAGACUCUGGAGCUUCAGCAAGUGAUGAGUUGGAAAAAUCCAUGAAAGUUGGUUUUGAACGAAGCACCAGUAAAGUUGUAACAACAGCAUCCUCUGGACUACCUCAGCCCUCACCGCUGUCACCUCCUGGCGGCGUGGUUACCAUCACACUACCAGCACUGGCAGCAUCACCUCCCUCUGCAGCGACAUCUGUUACCACAGCUACUACAACCACACAGGAAUCUUCAGUUGUGAAUGAGAAGACUGACAUGAUUAUUCCCACCAUCCAGUGCACAGAGGUCCCAUGUGUACCAACGUCAGCCCUCGGACAGCCAUCAACUGCAGCAGCUACUUCAGGACAGCAGCCUAACACACCAUCAGCACCCUUGGUAUCACCUGUGACACAGCAUAGCACUCCCCUGUCAGCCACUCUUCCUCCUGUAGGAUCUCAGUCUCUGUUAGCCCCAACGGAAGAGAUUGAAGACAGCACUGAUGGCUGGUUCCAAGAGUUAAAGGGAGUCACGCGACGUCUACUGUCCACAUCUUCUUUUGUUCCCAUUUCUUUACCAUUUGAGCUAAGUGAGCAUCACACGCUUCCAAUGUGUGAGCGAGUUCCUAUUAUCAUCUAUGACGGAGAGCCUAGUUCUAUCAUUGCAUAUGCACUAAGUUCUUCUGAGUACAGAUGCUGUGUCAGAGAAUUGCACAAUGCCACACGUAGAAACAGUUCAGAUCCUAACCUGCUCAGCUCACAACCCAAAGGCAAACAAGUGGAAACUACUUUACCAUUGGGUUCUGGAGGAGAGCUCACUAUAGAAGCAGGUCGAAAGUCCGGUGGGGGUGUGCUGUCCUUUCUCAGGGGCAGCUCACGCGAGCCCAGCCCCCACCACACCUCUGCACACCACCGGGUGGAAGCUGUCCGCUACAUCCCCGGGUCGGACUGGGGGGACAGCGGCGGCCACCUAGAUGACGUGGAUGCUUCCAUCUUGUCUGAUGAAGCCACUCCCUCCCCAGAGGAAAAGCCCAAAGUUGGCAGCACUGCACCUUCUCCACACAUUGAACUUCAGUUCUCUGACUCCUCUGCUAAGUUCUACUGCCGUGUUUACUUUGCUGACCAGUUCAGAAAGCUGAGGAAACAUCUCUUUCAAGGCAACGACAACUUGUUUAUCCGUUCUCUCAGUCGGUGCAAGACUUGGGAAGCCAAAGGUGGGAAGUCGGGAUUAUCUUUUUGUAAAACUGAUGACGAUAGGUUCAUCUUGAAACAAAUGUCAAACAUGGAGGUGGACUCGUUCGAGAAGUUUGGACCUCAGUAUUUCCAGUACAUCACAACUUGUACAACAGCUCAACAACCAACUGCCUUGGCAAAAAUUUUGGGUGUCUUUCGGAUAGGCUUCCGCAACUCACAGACUAACACUGCACUGAGGCAAGAUGUUCUGGUCAUGGAAAAUCUAUUCUAUAAUCGUAAGAUAUCACAGAAAUUUGACUUGAAAGGCUCUAUGAGAAACAGACUAGUCAAUACAGCCACCAAAAGGGCAGAGGAAGAGUUGGUCCUACUGGAUGAGAAUUUGUUGAAAAGCAGUGUCGAGUCCCCACUCUAUUUGAGGCCACACAGCAAGUAUGUCCUGAAGUCUGCCAUCACUAGCGACUCAACAUUCCUGUCUUCUAAUUUGGUGAUGGAUUAUUCCCUCCUGGUUGGUGUAGAUGAAACAACGCAGGAAAUGGUAGUUGGCAUCAUAGACUACAUUCGUACAUUUACUUGGGAUAAAAAGCUAGAGAUGGUAGUCAAGGCUUCUGGAAUACUUGGAGGUCAAGGUAAAAUGCCCACAGUAGUUUCCCCGCAGCUUUACAAAAGCAGAUUCCUCGAGGCAAUGGAUCGUUACUUCCUUCACGUCCCUGAUCAUUGGACAGGUCUUGGCCAGGACGCCCCAACCUGUCCCACCACAAUAGAAGUCUCAGAGGCCAAGCAGGUCAAGAAAUGAAGCAGCCUACAAAAGCAGUAGUCCAGGGAAAGUUGUAGCUAUGAUUUUUCUUGAGGUCCAUCUUCUGAUUAGUCAACCCUUUCUCCCGUUGAGGUCAAGACACUGAUUGAAGCCAAGACAGAGUUGAGGAUUUUCAUUAUGUUAUUUUAAAAAUGACUGUGAUAUUUUUUUGUCUAAUGAAAAUGUAUAAUAUAUAUGAAUGAAAUUAUAGAAUUGAGCUUGUUUGGUUAUCAAUGCUACUGCUCUGUAUCACUGUGCUUGUUUCUAUUUAUUUCUAAUGAUCAUCUAUCUCUUGUACUGAUAGUCAGUCUACAGCCAAGUGUUUUAUUUACCUAACAUAUUGUCCAGUUUGAUACCAGACAUUUUCUAUGAAAAUAAAUGUGUCUUAUUUCCACAAUUCCAACAUUGUUAUUUUCAUGGUAUUGUUAAACUCACUUUGAAAGCUGCAAUCAUUUUAAGAUGUAACAAGUAACUUUCUGCUGAUAGUUUGUUCCUGAAGGCAGUGUCAGUUUAUAAACAUAUACAUAUAAUUUUUAUUUUUCAAUUAUUUUCAUUGGUUUUAAACUCUAAUUAUCCUUCAUCCACUUCAUUUAAUUCUUUAUAAGUAAACUUAAGAGCCCCCCCCCCCCCCCCGAUAGAAACUGUGGUAUUGCAAUUAUUGUGAUAAUAAUAGUCUUUGGUUUGACUUUAGAUAAAAUCCAGGGCAAGCAUAACCAUUGUCCACCGGUGGUCGAUUAAGAUUUUCUUUUCGCCAUCUGUGUCUGUCCUCGGCAGCGAAUUUUCUUUUGGUCUCAAAUGUGUAUCCCGCGGCCUUCGUGAAUGACCUCCAGCAGUCUCAUUCUGAGGCCUCAUGCAACCAGGUGCUCUCUUCUAUGUCAGCUAAGACAAGUUGGCGCCUAAGCUGGUCUUUUAAGGGUUUCCAUGGAGCACCUCUGUUACGUCUACCACCUUUUAGCUCACCAAAAAAGACUGCCUUUGGCAUACCUUCAUCUCCCAUACGGGAUACAUGCCCUGCCCAGCAUAACUGCCUGUCCAUAAGAAGUCCCUCUAUACCGUCUCUAGCAGCAUUUAUUUAUUGAUAAAAUAGGCUGUCCAUAAACAAUGUAAUCAUAAAACUCGAGAGAGGAAAAGCUUGUAUUUUCAAAAUGAAAUCUUAGAAUGAGAUAAGAAGUCUGUGAGGCCCCUAGUUCUGAAUGGGGCUAGAAGUCUGUAGGGCCCUAGUUCUGAAUGGGGCUAGAAGUCUGUAGGGCCCUAGUUCUGAAUGGGGCUAGAAGUCUGUAGGGCCCUAGUUCUGAAUGGGGCUAGAAGUCUGUAGGGCCCUAGUUCUGAAUGGGGCUAGAAGUCUGUAGGGCCCUAGUUCUGAAUGGGGCUAGAAGUCUGUAAGGCCCUAGUUCUGAAUGGGGCUAGAAGUCUGUAGGCCCCUAGUUCUGAAUGAGGCUAGAAAGCUUGUUUCUAUCUUUGUACAUUAUGAUUUAUUGGUUGAUGGACAAAAUAACACAGCAGGAUGAUUUCCUCCCUUGAAUACUUUUGAUUUGGUCUUCUGGUCACAUCAUUGCAAAGGACAAAGUGGAAAUUAUGACCAGAUUUGGAUGACUUAUUAUACUGAACUGUUCUGGCUGACCCAGGUGUUAAUAUCCAUUACAACAGUGUGUCCCAAACGGUGUUCUGAUGAAGUUCCAAGAAUUACUGGAAUAAUUUACUAGUAGGCCACUACGUGAAGUAAUCUCUACAAAAAAAUAAAGUGUUCCACUAAAUACUCAGAAUAUGCAAAUUGUUCCGUUAGAGAAAAAGUUUGGGAAUGACUGCCUUACAACUAUACUUACAAUAAUAAUAAGUGUCUAAAGCCCCCAAAAAUGUUUUCAUUCUUUCAAGUUCAUAGAUACUAACGAAAGGAAUACUACAGAUAAGCUGCCAGUUACAACCUUUCAUAAUAUACAGAGAGCAUUUGAUACCAACAUGUCCAGUUUAUGUUGUGUAAUUAUUAUUAUAAGUUAUUUCAACCUUGUUGUUAUGAAUCCAGAUUUUAAGAGUUCUCAUUUUCAACAUUUUUUUAAAAAUCUUUGCUGAGCCUUAUUCUUCUCAUAAUGAGAGUUUAACAUUUUACAUUUAAUAAAAAAAAAAUGAUUAGGUUGAAGUCAGGCUAUUGAACUAGGAAUGGUAUCCCAUUGUUUAUCGGUUCUAAGAUAACAUUAAGAAAAAAAAAUUGUUAUAAUAUGAUUUUUUUGGAGGCUCGGUAGCUGAGUGGUAAAGCGCUUGACUUCUGAACCGAGGUCCUGGGGUUCGAAUCCUGGUAAAGACUGGGAUUUUUAACUUCGGGAUAUUUGGGUGCCUCUGAGUCCAGCCAGCUCUAAUGGUUACCCAACAUUAGUUGGGGAAAACUAAAGGCAGUUGGUCAUUGUUCUGUGAUUAAUUGACUCGUCCAAAUACUCUUUUGAUGGAACCUUAUGUUCAAGCUCUUUCAUACAGAUUUGCCAGACACUUGAAUUUUUGGUAAUAUAUUGAAACUCUGUUGCUGCUACCCCCACCUAUAUAUAUUUAUUUAUUAUAUUGACUGUUUUUCACUGUUGACUCUGUUGGAAACUGGCUAGAGGGUGCCUCGAUCAAACAAAAACUGUUUAGGGAACUACUAUGUUAAGAUUAUUUAAGAGAAAAGAUUUUACUGUACUUUUUCAUCUUUACACAUUUUCAUCCUUUUUUUUUAUAAACAUUACAGUGGUUUCUUAUGUAAACAUAACUUACAUUAUUAUUAUUUGAUUAAUGUUAUAAAUAUAAUACAAGUAUUUUUGAACAGUAUGAUUAUGGAACAUGACUCCUUCUGAGUUUGUGUGGACAAAUAGGAAAUUAGUUGCGACUGUGAGCCCUAAAAAAUUUGUGAGCCAGGGUUUUAUUUAGCUGAAUGAGAAAAUCAGGAAAAUAAAGUGGUUCAAAGCCAAAGAUUUUAUCAUCUUUGUGUCAACGUCAACAUCAGUAUAAUCAUCACAUAUAGGUGCCUCUUUAAUAGUAUGGAUUAACAUCAGUAUAGUCAUUAGAUGUAUGCGAACCUGUUUUGAGCUAAAUUUUUACAGGGUUUUAUUUUGUUGAAAUUUCUAAUGUGAAAUUUAUACAGUGUCAUUUAGUUAAGGAUGCAAGUUUAGGGCUAAGUUAUUAAUUAGUUUCUACAUUUUUUUUAGGGCACUAAAAAUUGUUUUGCUAUUACAGUUUAUAAAUCUUUUUAUUUAUCUGUUAUCUUUGAAUUCAAAUUAAAAGAAGACCAGUGUGCAAUAUUUGAAAAUAAACUUUACAAUCUA